AUGGAAGCAAUUUAUUUUGUGAAUUAUGUGUCGCUUGCGCGCCAACAAGCUUCAAGUAAAAAUUACAUCGCAGCGUUCAACACGUACGUCCAUGCAGUUGAUAUGUUGCCGGCAAUCUCGAAGGAAAUUGAGAACGAGUUUAGGACAGUUUUCUUAAAAAUGAACGAAGAACUUGAAUUUGAAAAAAACAAGGAGGUUAUUUUUAACAACUUUAAGAGAGUCCUAAGUAUAUACCCGAGUAACGUCGACCUUCUCAACGAUAUCGGCAAAUACCUAUACAAAUAUAGCUAUUACACCGAAGCGCUUUACUCCUUCGAGAGAGCAUUAAGCAUGGACACAAGUCACGUCAAAGUCGAGAAGAACUUGAACAAAGCGAAAAGUUCCUUGUUUCCGAGAACUUUAUUUAGAAGCCUCAAUGAUAAAGCACGUAAUAACGCGUACAGAGCUGCCAUCAGGAGUUCCAUAAAUCCCGCUAAAGAUAGUAUCAUAAACAUAGACGCGGGAACAGGACUUUUGGCUUUGUACGCCACCGAAUGUAAUCCAAUAGCGAUAACUGCUUGUGAAUCUUCAAAUAUGAUUAUUCAACUGGCGGAUCGCGUGAUACAAGAAAACCUCGCUACACAAGUAGUUCUCGUCAACGAACCCUCAGUGCUAUUAAAACAAGCUGACAUUUGCGGUUUAAAGUCUAUAUUAAUGACCGACAUGAUUGAUGCGGGACUAUUUGGCAAUGGACUUCUACAAUCUCUCUGCCACGCUUGGGAUAAUUUUUUACACAAACAAAGUACAAUAAUCCCUGGAAAAGCUGAAUUCUUCGUAGCCGGUGUUAAUUGCGUUCAACUCAACAAUAAAUACAAAUUGUGUCAACAAACGAAGAACAUUCUCAACAUCUCACACCAGAACGUACACACGACUUACUCUGCAGAGGCGUACGGCAGCGAAGAUAUAAAUUUGUACGAGGACCUUAAAUACACAAGUGAGCCGCACUCCUUGUUUACUAUAGAUUUCAAAAGCCGCGAUGAGGUCAUCGAGAUGCUUAAGAAACAGAGGCCCUACAACGCUGUAUUCAAUCCUACGGUGAACGAUGAAAUCAACAUGAUUGUCGGUUGGUUUAAUCUAUAUUUGACCGACGAUAUAAUGUUAACCAGCGACCCAAGAUCGGAAAAUAGGACAAGAGCGUGGCAGCAAGCGGUUUUCUUUGAUGUUGUCCCGAGAAGAGUGCGACGGAACGAGAGUUUCAGUAUUCCUUUUGUAUCCUACGGCGGUAGACUGGCGGCGAUACCAGAAUCGGGACAGGUCAUCCCAAGAGUAUCACGUGAAACGUUGGUCUUCUUGAACGAUACAGAAUACAUGAACAUGAUAACAAAGUCAAUUGGGAUUGUAUGUUUGCACGUAGGACAGACAAUGUGUCUAGAAGAUGUCGACAUUGUGGACUUAAGUCCGUUCCCUCUAUUCGGAGUACUUAUGAUGAAACGGGGUGCCAAUUCACUCGUUUGUAAAGUGAAGGGAAGUGAAGACACAGCUUUCCUCAAUUCAGUAUUGGAGGAAAACGGAAUACCAGCAAGCAAAAUCACUAUUUUGGAUUCGGACUAUUGGUCUUGUGAACUAUACAAUAACAAGAAGUUCCAUGUAAUUUUCACAAACAUUUUUGAUAAUAGUGGAGAGAUUGAUGUGAAACAACAGUCAAUAUUACAUCAUCUUCAGAAGUCACAUUUGACUUCUAAUGGUAUAUGUUUACCCGCAUCUGUGACUGUCAUGGGACAAUUGGUAUACAGUGAUGAACUGGAAAUCAGCAAUCGGAUAAUCGACGACAACGUUGGAUGCCGCAUGGCGAAAUACGUGAACUGGUAUCAAGUCUCACAGCUCAGCUGCUCAGACAUUACACAGUCAAACUUUGUUCCUUUAUCUGAACCAUUCGAAGUUGCUUCGUGUCAGGAUAUGUGUUCGAACUUGGUGCAAGUACCUAUUGUACAAGACGGUGUGUGUAACGCUAUUCUUUGUUGGUACAAAGUGCAACUAAUUGACGGUUGGAAUGCCACCUGUACGAAUAGGAGGAAUAGUUUUAUUCCAAGUACAGCGUACAUGACCAACGCUCUCCGUAAAGUUUUCAAAGACGAUGAGGUAAAUGUUCUUCUUUGUGUGGACCUACACGGCACUUUCAAGUUAGCAUUGGAUGUUGAACCUUAUUGA